CUGAGUUUCUGCAAAGUUUGACCUGGUUGCCUUUCCGAUGCUGCAGCAGAGCGAGGCAGCGCGGGGCGCGCCAGGCGGCUGCGGCGCGGCGGCGGGUCUGAGCGGCGGCAGCGCGCUCACAAUGAUCAUAAAAUAAAGCGGACGCACGGGGUGGGGGCGAGAGAGCCCCGAGCCUCACCCCUCCGCCCCCGGCCACCCCUCCCCCGGCAGCCCCGAGCUAGGAGGAGGCGGGGGCCGGGGGCGCCCACGGCCGCCCCGGACCCCAGUAGAGCCAAAGGACACUGCCCGGGGGAGGGGGGAACGCCCCGAGGACGUACCCGCGGCGGGGGUCAGGGGCGUCCGGAGGGCGGCGUCCGGGGCACGCGGAGCGGCCAGAGGGGCAGGGCCCCGUUGGGCGAGCGGCCGGUGCGUGUGCCCCGCGCGAGCGCGUGCGGAAGGCAGAAGGGCAGGAAGUCGGACUUCUGCAGCGAGGGUGGCGGCACCGCGCAGGGGACGAGCCUUCCUCAUUGAUGUGUCUGCCGGCCUUCGCCUUCUUCGCCCCAAGACUUCAGGAGCGUCUCGGAGCUGCGUUCCCCGCGUGUGAGGCACGGAAGGACUGGAUGUCUGAACAACAUGAUUGUCCAUUAGCCUCCAAACUUUCCUUUUUUUAACCCAAAGAAUAUCGGUGAUUUUUGUCCACUGCUAGCAGAAGAGAGAACCCAGGGCUCUUGAGAUGCAGCAAAAUCCUUAUUUAUAAACGGGCCCGAGAGAGUGAUAUGCAAAGACCCUGUACUCAGUGAAUUUUCUAUCCUAUGGAUAUCGGUCUUGAGAUUUGAGGUUGGAGAGCAGUACCGUCUGCACUGGGUCAGGCCGCCUCCAUCCUUUCAAUGCCCAGUUUCCUCUGGGACUGCUGGCCCUCCCUGGAGAUCCGAGCCGUACUGUGUGCCAUGGGCUGUAUUCAGAGCAUCGGGGGCAAAGCCAGAGUCUUCCGGGAAGGUAUCACCGUGAUUGAUGUGAAAGCCUCAAUCGACCCCAUCCCCACCAGCAUCGACGAGUCCUCCAGCGUGGUGCUCCGCUACCGGACACCCCACUUCCGUGCCUCAGCCCAGGUGGUCAUGCCGCCCAUCCCCAAGAAAGAGACCUGGAUCGUGGGCUGGAUUCAGGCGUGCAGCCACAUGGAGUUCUACAACCAGUACGGGGAGCAGGGCAUGUCCAGCUGGGAGCUCCCGGACCUCCAGGAGGGCAAGAUCGAGGCCAUCAGUGACUCAGAUGGGGUGAACUACCCCUGGUACGGCAACACCACGGAGACGUGCACCAUUGUGGGCCCCACCAAGAGAGACUCCAAGUUCAUCAUCAGCAUGAACGACAACUUCUAUCCCAGCGUCACGUGGGCUGUGCCUGUCAGCGAGAGCAACGUGGCCAAGCUGACCAACAUCUACCGGGACCAGAGCUUCACCACGUGGCUGGUGGCCACCAACACCUCGACCAAUGACAUGAUCAUCUUACAGACGCUGCACUGGCGUAUGCAGCUGAGCAUCGAGGUGAACCCCAACCGGCCCCUGGGCCAGCGCGCCAGGCUGCGGGAGCCCAUCGCCCAGGACCAGCCCAAAAUCCUGAGCAAGAACGAGCCGAUACCGCCCAGCGCCCUGGUCAAGCCCAAUGCCAACGACGCUCAGGUCCUCAUGUGGCGGCCCAAGUACGGGCAGCCGCUGGUGGUGAUCCCGCCCAAGCACCGGUAACAGCCAGGGCGCCCCGCGAGGCUAGACGCAAAUAAUAACCCCGCUCC